UUGAAAGUUUAACUUCAAGUUGACGGCAAUUUUUUCUGUCAAUUUACAUUCAUUUUUUGUUAUUAAAUUCAAUCAAUAAAAUCCGUUGAUAAAAUUUUGAAUUUUAAUCAAACAUCUCACUACCAGGCUCCAAAAUAAUACAAAAAACUCUCAAUAAAAUUACUCCAAUUCCUCUAUAAAUUACUCAGAGAAAAAUAACACUACGAUAUAUUAUACUAUAUAUAACUUUUUUGAGAGUUUAUGGAAAAAAAACUACAAGUGCAAUUUAAAAAAAUUACUUUUUAUAAUUUAUCGUUUUUAAAAAAUUCCAAGUUUUGGACGUAGACCAGCUUCAGUAUCAUUACAUUCACUCAUUUUUUUUUUACAAAGAUCCAUAAUGUUCGUUCUCAUUCGGACAAUCGAUGGGAAAGUAGAGAAAAGUUUGGAAAUAUCAAAGACUCUCAGCAUUCGUGACUUCAAGAUCCAAGUAGCGAAGAUUUUUUCAACUGAAGUUCCAUCAAUUCAAUUAUUUUAUCGGGGCAAACAGUUAGAAGAUUGUUACCGAGUACAUGAUUAUCAUUUAAAUCACCACGAAGUUGUCCAGUUAUUAAUUAAAUCUGAAAAAAGUACCGAAGAAAUUGAGUGUUCAAAAGAUCUUGAGCCCAGUGAUGAAAAAUGUCAUUUAGCAUCCGUACCUCUAGAAGAAAACUUGUCUAUUAUAAUAAAACAACCAGAGACUUGUCAGUAUCAAUCAGGUGAUCCGGUUGAUUGCAUUAAUGAGGACAAUGGAGCCUGGUUUGAAGCCAUAGUCCAAAAUAUUUACCAAGAUAUUAGCAGACGGUCUCUAAUUUAUCGAGUUCAAUGGAAGUUUUUGGCAGAUACUGAACCUUUUGACGUAAUGGAACAUAUGAUUAGACCACGGGCAAAACACUGUCUCAGUAUCAAUCAAAUAAAAGUUAAUGAUAGAGUUAUGGUCAAUUACAACGUAGACGAGCCUAAAAAAAUUGGGUACUGGUACGAUUUUACAGUAACGAGUUUGAAUAAAAGCAGACGUGGUGUUGAAUUAGUAGGGAUUCUUCAUGCUGGCAGUGGUACCACUGAAGUGAGGAUUGAAAACUGCAAAGUUAAUUCAAGAAACAAGAUUUAUAAAAUAGAAAAACUGUCGGGUUUACAUUGCGGAGGUUUAAAUUCAUCUUUGAAUGAAGUUGAUAAGCAAAGACCAAUUGCGAUAAUUUGUAAAGUUUGUAAUGACGAUAUAAAUCAGAAGUGUAAGACAUGUGGUUGCUAUGUUUGCUUAGGAAAAAAAAACAGUCGUAAAAUAAUAUUGUGUGAUGAGUGUGAUAAAGCUUAUCACAUACAAUGUUUGAAUCCGCCUCUUGACAAAGUUCCUGAGGAUGAUUGGUAUUGUCCAGACUGUAAAAUACCCGAUAAUCUGGUAAUCAAAAUGGGAGAAAACUUAAAGUCGAGCAAAAAGAAAAUUGUAGUAGAUUUGAAAAAAGGUCAGAAGGAUUGGGGUCGAGGAAUGGGAUGUAUGAGUAGGAUAAAAGAAUGUACAAUAGUCCCAACAAAUCAUAAAGGUCCUAUUCCAGGAAUUGAAGUUGGGAUGAGCUGGAAGUAUCGUUUACAAGUAUCAGAAGUUGGCUUACAUAGACCUCACGUAGCAGGAAUCCAUGGCAGAGAAAACGAAUGUGCGUAUUCGUUGGUUUUGUCAGGUGGAUAUGAAGACGAUGUUGAUAACGGAGAUGAAUUUUUAUAUACUGGAUCCGGUGGUCGAGAUCUUUCAGGAAACAAAAGAACUGCGGCACAAAGUAGUGAUCAGAAAUUAACAAAAAUGAAUAAAGCACUUGCGUUAAAUUGCAAUGCUCAAUUUAAUGACGUAGAAGGUGCUACUGCAAAAGACUGGCAAAAAGGAAUUCCUGUUCGAGUUAUAAGAGCUGCGAAAAUGAGGAAACAUCCACAAGCUCGAAUGUAUGCACCCGAAGAAGGUUUUCGAUAUGAUGGAAUUUAUAAAGUAGUCAAGUAUUUCCCGGAAAAAGGAAAAAGCGGUUUUCUUAUUUGGCGUUACCUUUUACGCCGAGAUGAUUCUACUCCUGCUCCGUGGACCUCUGAAGGAAAACAAAGAGUCAAAAGCUUGGGCUUACGAAUGAUUGACUAUGAUUCAUCUACUAAGAUAUCGAUGACAAAAACUAAAACCGAAAUAAAUCCCCCGAAAAAAAAUCCAAAACGUAAGAGAAAUAAAUCAGCCAAAGAAGAUGAAGAAAAUAAUUCGAAAAAAAUUAAAGUAAUUCAUUAUGAAUUAGAACCAGAUUUAGUUGAGUUAAUUAAUGGCGAUAAGCUUAACAAAAAAGUUUGGAAAGAUUGUUGUUCUCUACUUCCUGAAGGAAAAAUUAACUUUAUAAACAAAGUUAUUGACAGAUUUACAUGUGUUUGCUGUCUAGAAAUAGUAUGGAACCCGAUAACAAUCAAAUGUUUACAUAAUAUCUGCCAAAAUUGUUUGCAAAGAAGUUUCAAAGCUGAUGUCUAUACAUGUCCUGUUUGUCGACAUCCUAUAAAAAAAAGUCAAUUAGCGAAUACAAAUAAACCACUUGCAAAAGCUCUUGAAAAGUUAUUUCCAGGGUAUGGGAGUGGAAGAAUAUAAUAAUUAAUGAUUCUAGUAUUUAUAAAUUGAAAUAAAAUAAAAUGAUAUUUUUGUUAGCAAAAUUAAAUUUUUAUACCAAGAGUUUUAAGUUGAUUAUUUUUUUAAGGUAAUUAUUUAAUUUUGCAUUAAAUGAAAUUUUUGUGGCAUUAUUACUAACGUUUAAAAUAAAACAGCUCUAGACCUGAUUACUAAACUUAGUAAUGGCGUGUUCGGCUGUUUACUCGCCAUUACAUAAAUAUAUGAAAAAAAUAAAUGAAUCUAAAUGUAGCAGAUGUAUCUUUUUUUUAUUAACGUAAUAGUCUUUUACAAUAAAGUUCGAGGUAAUGUUAAGUAGUAACAGAAAAAUUGAAUUUAUAUAAUUCAUGAAAAAGAAAAUAAACGCAUACUAAUUGAUGAUAUAUUAAAAAAUAUGAUGAAUUUAUUUAACGAAACUUUAUUUACUUUAUAUACAUUU